CGCACAGAGUUGAGGUUUCGCACUGGAGUCGACAAUGCGCGCAGUAACGCAGGGAGUAGCAUUCCGUGCAUAGCGCCAGUGAGAGUCAACAGUCAAAGCAGAAGGGAAGCGAAGGAGGGAGGGGGAACUGUUGACUCCUGCAGAGGAAGCCGUAAAGUUGUCUGGUUGCUCAUUCAGUCAGUCUGACCAACACUGCGCGCAGCAGGACACGCUGUGGAUGCAAGAAUGCCAUGGAGUGAUUCUUUCUGACGGAUCAAAUAUCGUUUAUCCAAGUUAAUCUCUGCCAUUUCCUUACUCUUGCAGUAUCUUCUUUAUACUGGAGAACAAAGUUCGCAUAGCACAUGCUAUUGGAAGUAAGGCUAAAUUGCAAUAUCUGAUUGAUAACGUGAUGUUAACGGAACUUACAGCGAUAUUCGUUGUGGGCAAAGGUUGCUUCUUCGGAUAGCGACGUCGUUUGGUAUCUCCCGACUAUGGGGAUUUUAAAGUGGAGUUUGUCCUUUUAAACGCAUGAUGAAAUCUUUGCCAUAGGUGGAACUUCUGUUUUGUACUCUCAACUGGAAUCGACAUAAAUAGACAGCGAAGACUGGACCGCGCCUUGCCUUCAUUGCUUGCUGACAGUGGUUGGAUUUGUCGUUGACUUUGACAAGAGCAUGUCAGCCAGUCGCGCAAUGUGAGAUUGACAGCCCCAGGAAUGGCUUCGGCGAUAUUCGAGGGCACCUCUUUGGUCAACAUGUUUGUCAAAGACUGCUGGGUUAACGGAAUCCGCAGACUUAUCAUAAGCCAGAAAGGCGAGGAGGAGGAAUUCUUUGAAAUUAGGACUGAGUGGUCGGACAGAAACGUCUUGUACUUGCACCGAAGUUACUCAGAUUUUGCGAGACUGCUGAAAAGGCUUCUGAAAUGUUUUCCAGAGGACAGACGAAAGCUGUCGAAGUCACCACUAAUAGACGGGCUUGUCAAAAUCAAGAAAACAAGUGAUAUUGAAGAUAAGCUGAACGAAGUGGAGAAGUUAUUGAAAAAUGCAAUCAACUUGCCUUGGAAGUAUUCCAGAUCAGAGGUGAUGCUAACGUUUUUCGAGCGCUCCCCACUCGACCAAAUACUGAGGAACGACAACGUACACAGGAUCCAGCCCUGCUGUCAAAGCCAAGUCAAGAUCUCUGAGAUCAUGAGAUCCAACGGCUUCUGUCUGGCCAAUACAGAGACCAUUGUGUUUGACGAACGCGUCGCACAGGAGAAGGAGAGGCCGUCCUCCACAGACUCAGCUGAGCAUUCGUGUGAUGAGGACAUGAGGGAGGUGGAGAGUCUUCCUGCAGAGGAGCCGGAGGAGCUGCUCAGCGAUGACGACCCCGAGGUGUACGUCACCAACCUGUCCUACUAUCACCUGGUGCCCUUCGAGACCGACAUUCUGGAGUGACCAAAUGGUGCCUUUCGAGACAGACAUUCUGGAGUGACCAAAUGGUGCCCCUCGAGACCGACAUUCUGGGGUGACCAAUGGUGCCUUUUGAGACAGACAUUCUGGAGUGACCAAUGGUGCCUUUUGAGACAGACAUUCUGGAGUGACCAAUGGUGCCUUUUGAGAGAGACAUUCUGGAGUGACCAACAACUACUAUCACCUGGUGCCCUUCGAGACAGACAUUCUGUGUGACCAACUAAAAUCACCUGGGUCAAAGACGUGCAAAAUGGCAUUGUCAUUCAGUGUAACGGAUGCCUUCUGCUGACUGUAACUGUAAAAAACAUGACUCUUUUUAUUUAUUUAUUGUUACAGGGAAUUCAUAAAAGCCUCGGCUGUCAUCCAUUCACUUGAAACAAUUUAAAGAUCAUGUUUUUUUGCAGUUACAGUCGGUGGAAGGUGUCUGUAACACUGAAUGACAAAGACGUCUUUGACCCACCUGCUGCCCUUCGAGACCGACAUUCUGGAGUGACUGAAUGGUGCCUUUUGAGAGAGACAUUCUGGACUGACCAACUAAAAUCACCUGGUGGUCUUUGAGACAGACAUUCUGGGGUGACCAAACUGUCCUACACCACAUUAGCCCGAUUCGGACCUAUGGACCCCCGGUAAUUCGGAAUAAUUACGGAGAAUGUCUGAGUUCUUAGUCCUCCGCGAAUGUGCCAUUUCCGCGACUGGUGAGGUAAUAAUUCCGCCACGAAUUACUUACAGACGUCCUGGGGUAAUUUCACAUAGGCGCGGCGUCUGCACCCCCUUGUAAUGUCUGUGAAUUGAGUAAAUAACAGAUGUUUAUUUAUCCCGUCCGAAUGCGCCCCGAAAAAUCACGGAGGUCCGGGGGUAAUUCCGAAUUACCAGGGGUCUCCAUAGGUAAUAUUUAUCCCGUGCGAAUCGGGCUAUUGUUUCCUUUUGAGACCGUCAUAUUGGAUUGAGCAACUACAGUAGUACCGCCUGGUAACCCCGCCCCUUUUAUGAAACGUCAUCGGUUCUUGUUUCUGGACCAGCUGUCAACUGGUCCUGAGACCCAGAACUAGCACUGGAACUGCCUUAGUGGAAAAGAGGUAUUCGAGACUGGCAUUCUAAAGUGACAAUUGGUCCCUUUUGAGAGAGACACACUGGAGUGACCAUUGGUGCCUUUUGGGAGAGAUAUAAUGGACUGACCCACCUGUCCUCUCCAGCCUGGAGUUGGAUGGUCACCACUGCAUAAACUUAGACUGGAAGAAAUGGGCCAGAUGUUUGUAGCAAAGCAAAGCAAAGUAAAGCAAGCACCCCCCUCUGAUAGCUGGAAUUUCUGAUUUUGAGUUGGACUGGAAGGUAUGGAUUAGGAGUAGUUCAAAGCCCACAUAUUCAUAAAACGUCUGACCUUGGAGAAGGACAACCAAAUGACUAGAUCAAGAUAAUAAAGGAUCUUUUUGCUCCCACUUUUUUUUUUAAAUCUUUGCGGAACAUUUUGGGUGAUCCCCCUUCUUCAGACCUAGUUGAAUCUGACUUUUCCAUCUUCACCUGGAAGGUUGGAUUGACAAGGCAAACCCUGGGUGCUUCUCGUCUUCCCUUUGGCAUGAUGCAAUUGAGCAAAGGAAAGGUCAUAAGAACAUCUCGAACCUCAGUUGAGUUAUCCUUGUUGCUGUGGAGUGGUGUUUAAAGUGAUCAUGUCCCAUUUUUGGACAUAAGCUUAUUUUAUACCUCUCCCUGAGUUAAAUGACUGGGUUUUACCUUUCUCCUGUACUUCCUGCCGUUCUCUGAGUACGGCAGUACAAAGUUUACCUCCAGUUAACAUUGAGUUCUUGGAGACCAGCUGGCGGCUAGCUGGUCUCAUAGGACUCAAUGUUAACUGCUAGCUUGGAGGUAAAAUUUGGGCUGCCAUACCCAGAGAACGGUUGAAAGUACAGGAG